ACGCGCUAACCAAAUGUGGUCUCGAUAUCUUUUUCUUUUUAAAAUUAUUUAAUUUUUUGGCGAUGACAAGACCUACCGUUGGGACGCACAUAAAUCUGCUGGCUCUUACCAAAAAAGAGGUGAUACAAAUAAAUUGCGAAACAUUUUUUUUUUGUCGACAAAAAGCCAAACUAUUUCUUAGUAUAAAUACGAAGGAGCGUGUGAGCAGAGAGCAUUCAUUUGUUUGAUUCCCACAAGCGAUUACCUGGAAGUGAUUACAAAAUGUUCAAAUAUCUCGUUUUCUUCGUCGCCAUCGGGCUGAGCACAGCCGCCAUACCACAUCGUCCAUUCUACGGUCAAAAUAGCGGUGGUCGCAGCAGUAGCUCUCGUGUCUCCGGUGAUGAGGCACACGCUGAAAUAAAGGCUAUGCAUUCCGAUGUACGCCCGGAUGGUUUCGAAUAUGCUUUGGAGACUAGCAAUGGCAUACAGGCCGCUCACUCGGGUGAUCAGCAAGGCAAUGCGCAUGGCGAUUUCCAAUGGGUUUCACCUGAAGGAGAACAUGUGCAAAUCUCCUACAUUGCCGAUGAGAAUGGAUACCAGCCGAAGAGCGAUCUGUUGCCCACACCACCACCAAUCCCAGAGGCGAUACUACGCGCACUUGAGUACAUACGCACACAUCCACCUAAGGAGGAACCCGAGCGUCGUGCUUCAUCCUCGUCCUCUUCAUAUUCGGCACCGAAGAAGUCGCCAACAACUAGGAAAUCAACUAUCCGACGCAAAUAUUAGAGAGAACCUCAGCGAAAAUCUGCAUCGACGCAAUGAGAUUACUUUAAUUAAUAUUGUG